AAGGGCUGUAGGGACUGGGCUGCAGAAUGGAUUUCUAAAUCUUCAAAAUAAACAGGCAAGGAAAUCUUGCAACAAAUGAAAAAUGACUUGAGGGCAGUAGAAAGUACUUGUGCCAACUGAUGGAGGAGGUUAUGAAAAAUGAGGAGAGGAAAAUCACUAUCGACUUCUGUGUUUCUACUGCAAGUGGAUUGAACAGUCCAGAUAUACUGAUUUCCAGCCCAUAUUUCCUGCUUUUAAGCUCCUUUGGUCUUAUUUCCCUCUUCUUUCUGAAAAGUUAUAAAAUGAAUGAAGGGCAGAAUGUUUCUUGCCCAACCAUGAUUCAGGAGGCAGCUCAGCCACAGAACAGGCAAGUGUAGCACUGCCUAGAGGAAAAGGACUUGUAGAGGCAGGUCCCAGAUGGAUCCACCCCAGACUUUUCAAAGAAGACACCUCCUUCAUCUUGUGUUCUAAAACCUUGCAAGUUCAGGAAGAAACCAUCUGCAUCCAUAUUGAAAACCUGACACAAUGUAUGCAGCAGGCUCAGUGUGAGUGAACUGGAGGCUUCUCUACAACAUGACCCAAAGGAGCAUUGCAGGUCCUAUUUGCAACCUGAAGUUUGUGACUCUCCUGGUUGCCUUAGGUUCAGAACUCCCAUUCCUGGGAGCUGGAGUACAGCUUCAAGACAAUGGGUAUAAUGGAUUGCUCAUUGCAAUUAAUCCUCAGGUACCUGAGAAUCAGAACCUCAUCUCAAACAUUAAGGAAAUGAUAACUGAAGCUUCAUUUUACCUAUUUAAUGCUACCAAGAGAAGAGUAUUUUUCAGAAAUAUAAAGAUUUUAAUACCUGCCACAUGGAAAGCUAAUAAUUACAGCAAAAUAAAACAAGAAUCAUAUGAAAAGGCAAAUGUCAUAGUGACUGACUGGUAUGGGGCACAUGGAGAUGAUCCAUACACCCUACAAUACAGAGGGUGUGGAAAAGAGGGAAAAUACAUUCAUUUCACACCUAAUUUCCUACUGAAUGAUAACUUAACAGCUGGCUACGGAUCACGAGGCCGAGUGUUUGUCCACGAAUGGGCCCACCUCCGUUGGGGUGUGUUCGAUGAGUAUAACAAUGACAAACCUUUCUACAUAAAUGGGCAAAAUCAAAUUAAAGUGACAAGGUGUUCAUCUGACAUCACAGGCAUUUUUGUGUGUGAAAAAGGUCCUUGCCCCCAAGAAAACUGUAUUAUUAGUAAGCUUUUUAAAGAAGGAUGCACCUUUAUCUACAAUAGCACCCAAAAUGCAACUGCAUCAAUAAUGUUCAUGCAAAGUUUAUCUUCUGUGGUUGAAUUUUGUAAUGCAAGUACCCACAACCAAGAAGCACCAAACCUACAGAACCAGAUGUGCAGCCUCAGAAGUGCAUGGGAUGUAAUCACAGACUCUGCUGACUUUCACCACAGCUUUCCCAUGAAUGGGACUGAGCUUCCACCUCCUCCCACAUUCUCGCUUGUACAGGCUGGUGACAAAGUGGUCUGUUUAGUGCUGGAUGUGUCCAGCAAGAUGGCAGAGGCUGACAGACUCCUUCAACUACAACAAGCCGCAGAAUUUUAUUUGAUGCAGAUUGUUGAAAUUCAUACCUUUGUGGGCAUUGCCAGUUUUGACAGCAAAGGAGAGAUCAGAGCCCAGCUACACCAAAUUAACAGCAAUGAUGAUCGAAAGUUGCUGGUUUCAUAUCUGCCCACCACUGUAUCAGCUAAAACAGACAUCAGCAUUUGUUCAGGGCUUAAGAAAGGAUUUGAGGUGGUUGAAAAACUGAAUGGAAAAGCUUAUGGCUCUGUGAUGAUAUUAGUGACCAGCGGAGAUGAUAAGCUUCUUGGCAAUUGCUUACCCACUGUGCUCAGCAGUGGUUCAACAAUUCACUCCAUUGCCCUGGGUUCAUCUGCAGCCCCAAAUCUGGAGGAAUUAUCACGUCUUACAGGAGGUUUAAAGUUCUUUGUUCCAGAUAUAUCAAACUCCAAUAGCAUGAUUGAUGCUUUCAGUAGAAUUUCCUCUGGAACUGGAGACAUUUUCCAGCAACAUAUUCAGCUUGAAAGUACAGGUGAAAAUGUUAAACCUCACCAUCAAUUGAAAAACACAGUGACUGUGGAUAAUACUGUGGGCAACGACACUAUGUUUCUAGUUACGUGGCAGGCCAGUGGUCCUCCUGAGAUUAUAUUAUUUGAUCCUGAUGGACGAAAAUACUACACAAAUAAUUUUAUCACCAAUCUAACUUUUCGGACAGCUAGUCUUUGGAUUCCAGGAACAGCUAAGCCUGGGCACUGGACUUACACCCUGAACAAUACCCAUCAUUCUCUGCAAGCCCUGAAAGUGACAGUGACCUCUCGCGCCUCCAACUCAGCUGUGCCCCCAGCCACUGUGGAAGCCUUUGUGGAAAGAGACAGCCUCCAUUUUCCUCAUCCUGUGAUGAUUUAUGCCAAUGUGAAACAGGGAUUUUAUCCCAUUCUUAAUGCCACUGUCACUGCCACAGUUGAGCCAGAGACUGGAGAUCCUGUUACGCUGAGACUCCUUGAUGAUGGAGCAGGUGCUGAUGUUAUAAAAAAUGAUGGAAUUUACUCGAGGUAUUUUUUCUCCUUUGCUGCAAAUGGUAGAUAUAGCUUGAAAGUGCAUGUCAAUCACUCUCCCAGCAUAAGCACCCUAGCCCACUCUAUUCCAGGGAGUCAUGCUAUGUAUGUACCAGGUUACACAGCAAACGGUAAUAUUCAGAUGAAUGCUCCAAGGAAAUCAGUAGGCAGAAAUGAGGAGGAGCGAAAGUGGGGCUUUAGCCGAGUCAGCUCAGGAGGCUCCUUUUCAGUGCUGGGAGUUCCAGCGGGCCCCCACCCUGAUGUGUUUCCACCAUGCAAAAUUAUUGACCUGGAAGCUGUAAGAGUAGAAGAGGAAUUGACCCUAUCUUGGACAGCACCUGGAGAAGACUUUGAUCAGGGCCAGGCUACAAGCUAUGAAAUAAGAAUGAGUAAAAGUCUACAGAAUAUCCAAGAUGACUUUAACAAUGCUAUUUUAGUAAAUACAUCAAAGCGAAACCCUCAGCAAGCUGGCAUCAGGGAGAUAUUUACGUUCUCACCCCAAAUUUCCACAAAUGGACCUGAACAUCAGCCAAAUGGAGAAACACAUGAAAGCCACAGAAUUUAUGUUGCAAUACGAGCAAUGGAUAGGAACUCCUUAAAGUCUGCUCUAUCUAACAUUGCCCAGGCAUCUCUGUUUAUUCCCCCCAAUUCUGAUCCUGUACCUGCCAGAGAUGAUCUUAUAUUGAAAGGAGUUUUAACAGCAAUGGGUUUGAUAGGAAUCAUUUGCCUUAUUAUAGUUGUGACACAUCAUACUUUAAACAGGAAAAAGAGAGCAGACAAGAAAGAGAAUGGAACAAAAUUAUUAUAAAUAAAUAUACAAAGUGUCUUCCUUCUUAGGUAUAAGACCCAUGGCCUUUGACUACAAAAACAUACUAACAAAGUCAAAUUAACAUCAAAACUGUAUUAAAAUGCAUUGUGUUUUUGUACAAUACAGAUAAGAUUUUUACAUGGUAGAUCAACAAAUUCUUUUUGGAAGUAGAUUAGAAAACCCUUACACUUUGGCUAUGAACAAAUAAUAAAAAUUAUUCUUUAAAGUAAUGUCUUUAAAGGCAAAGGGAAGGGUAAAGUCGGACCAGUGUCAAGGAAAGUUUGUUUUAUUGAGGUGGAAAAAUAGCCCCAAGCAGAGAAAAGGAGGGUAGGUCUGCAUUAUAACUGUCUAUGUGAAGCAAUCAUUUAGUUACUUUGAUUAAUUUUUCUUUUCUCCUUAUCUGUGCAGAACAGGUUGCUUGUUUACAACUGAAGAUCACGCUAUAUUUUAUAUAUGAAGCCCCUAAUGCAAAGCUCUUUACCUCUUGCUAUUUUGUUAUAUAUAUUACAGAUGAAAUCUCACUGCUAAUGCUCAGAGAUCUUUUUUCACUGUAAGAGGUAACCUUUAACAAUAUGGGUAUUACCCUUGUCUCUUCAUACCGGUUUUAUGACAAAGGUCUAUUGAAUUUAUUUGUUUGUAAGUUUCUACUCCCAUCAAAGCAGCUUUCUAAGUUACUGCCUUGGUUAUUAUUGGAUGAUAGUUAUAGCCCUUAUAAUGCCUUAACUAAGGAAGAAAAGAUAUUAUUCUGAGUUUGUUUUAAUACAUAUAUGAACAUAUAGUUUUAUUCAAUUAAACCAAAGAAGAGGUCAGCAGGGAGAUACUAACCUUUGGAAAUGAUUAGCUGGCUCUGUUUUUUGGUUAAAUAAGAGUCUUUAAUCCUUUCUCCAUCAAGAGUUACUUACCAAGGGCAGGGGAAGGGGGAUAUAGAGGUCACAAGGAAAUAAAAAUCAUCUUUCAUCUUUAAUUUUACUCCUUCCUCUUAUUUUUUAAAAAGAUUAUCGAACAAUAAAAUCAUUUGCCUUUUUAA